UCCUGAUGAAUUCAUUAUCCCUUUUAUCAUUUUCUUGAUUUUCAAAUUCAAAACUGACCGUUGCAAUUUUUUUUUCUUUUUCUAAUACCCCAAACUCCAAACACCAUUUCACAAAUCACUCUGUCUAUCUCCUCCAAAUUUCGAAAGAGUAUAAUCUGAAUUCAAAUGGCACUCAGAUCUCUCGACAACGCUCUCCCAAUUGCAAUAGAAAGACCCAAAAAGCAAGCAAAAGUAGUAAGCCAGAAUCAGAAACAGCCUGAUUGUGUCGUCGUCAAUGACGAAAACAAGGCCCCUUUGCCCUCCACAGAGGCCGCUAUUGAUUACAUUCUAUCUGAAAAUCUCGAAGCAAUUCAUGACCCAGAUAGCCAAAUCCAAGGACUUGUUGGAGGGUUGGAAUCUAAAGAUUGGUUGGAAAUUUGUCGCUCAUUGAAUGACACCAGGCGAUUUGCGCUGUUUCACUCUGCUCUCUUGCUGCCAAUUCUGGACAAAGUUUUACUGGUGAUAGUUAAGUCAAUGAAAAAUCCAAGAAGUGCUCUUUGCAAGACUUCUCUGAUGGCUUCAGCCGAUAUAUUCAAAGCCCUUGGUGAUGUAUUACUCGAAUCACCAAAUUCUGAUGCAUUUGACAAUGUGCUUUUGCAGCUACUGCUGAAAGCUUCUCAAGACAAAAAGUUUGUUUGUGAAGAAGCAGAUAAGACACUCAAGGCAAUGGUGGAGUCUAUGACUACUCCUCUUCCUUUGCUCCAUAAGCUUCAUGCCUAUGUCAAACAUUCCAACAUGAGAAUUAGAGCAAAAGCUGCCAUCUCAAUAUCCCAUUGUGUUUCUAAGAUGGAAAUGGAUGGAAUGGAGGAGUUUGGAUUCGUUUCGUUGGUUCAAAUUGCUAUAAAUUUGCUGAAUGAUAGGCUUCCUGAGGCAAGAGAAGCAGCUAGAAGUAUCGUGGUUUCAGUAUACGAGGCAUUAACUCAGGAUGAAGAGCAGAAACAAGAGACAUGGCAAAACUUUUGCCAAUCUAAUCUUCCAGCUAUUCAUGCACAAGCUAUUGUUAAAAUUGUCUCCUCCUAGUAGACCUCAUUCAUGUUUAGCAGUAAAAGCUCUUGUUUAGUCAAUCUUUGGGACUAGCAGUAGGCUGCAAACUUCAUCUAUGAAUUAUUAUCCUUACAUGUAACUUUUCCUACGUGUAACUGUUAUUGUUAUGUUAUGUUGAUAAAAAUAAAAUAGGCUCUCGUUAGCAUCU